UAUGGUGACGUCUGUGCCAUAGGACUGGGAACUCAGAUACAGAGGGUUGGAGUUAUAAGCAAGAGUUCUUUAACAAACAUGGAGAAUAAUGAAGAUAUCUAUCCAUGUCAACAUUGCAGUAUGGCUUUUUCAAAACUUUCUUAUUUGAAAGCACAUUUGCAAUACAAACAUGGUCAAGAUAGUGCUGUUAAUAGGAGGCUGGAUGCCAUUGAUAGUGCAAGUCAACUUUCUUCCCAUGCAUCAAACAUUCAUCAACACCAUAUCAUAUGUAUAAAAGAAAAACCUCACAAAUGUGACCAGUGUAAUAAAUGUUUUCUGAACCAUGCUUCAUUAAGAAAACAUCUUAGAGUUCAUACAGGAGAAAAGCCUUAUAAUUGUGGCAAAUGUGGUAAAUGUUUUACAACAGCUACCCAUUUAAAGAGACACGUAAGAAUUCAUACAGGAGAAAAACCUUACAAGUGUGGCAUAUGUGGUAAAUGUUUCACUCAGGAUUCUAGUUUACGAACCCACCAAGGAAUUCAUACUCGAGAAAAUAAUAAGUGUGAAAAAUGUCAACAUUGCAGUAUAACUUUUUCAAAUGUUUUGUAUUUGAAAGCACAUUUGCAAUACAGACAUGGUCAAGAUACAGCUGUUAAUAGCUGUCUGGAUGCCACUGAUAAUACAAGUCAACUCUCUUCCCAGACAUCAAACUUUCAACGCCAUAUCGUAUGUAUAAAAGACAAGCCUCACAAAUGUGACAACUGUGAUAAAUGUUUUCUGAACCAUGCUACAUUAAGAAAACAUCUUAGAGUUCAUACAGGAGAAAAGCCUUAUAAUUGUGGCAAAUGUGGUAAAUGUUUUACAACAGGUACCGAUUUAAAGAGACACUUAAGAAUUCAUACAGGAGAAAAACCUUACAAGUGUGACAUAUGUGGUAAAUGUUUCACUCAGGAUUCUAGUUUACGAACCCACCAAGGAAUUCAUACUCGAGAAAAUAAUAAGUGUGAAAAAUGUCAACAUUGCAGUAUAACUUUUUCAAAUGUUUCGUAUUUGAAAGCACAUUUGCAAUACAGACAUGGUCAAGAUAGAGCUGUUAAUAGCUGUCUGGAUGCCAUUGAUAAUGCAAGUCAACUCUCUUCCCAGACAUCAAACUUUCAACGCCAUAUCAUAUGUAUAAAAGACAAGCCUCACAAAUGUGACAACUGUGGUAAAUGUUUUCUGAACCAUGCUACAUUAAGAAAACAUCUUAGAACUCAUACAGGAGAAAAGCCUUAUAAUUGUGGCAAAUGUGGUAAAUGUUUUACAACAUUUUCACAUUUAAAGAGACACUUAAGAAUUCAUACAGGAGAAAAACCUUACAAGUGUGACAUAUGUGGUAAAUGUUUCACUCAGGAUCCUAGUUUACGUAUCCACAAAAGAAUUCAUACUGGAGAAAAACCUUAUAAGUGUGAAAAAUGUGGUAUGUGUUUUAAAGAAAGUGGCUCUUUAAUAAAACACAAUAGAUCUCAUUCAGGAGAAAAGCCGUAUAAGUGUAUGGAAUGUGGUAAAUGUUUCAUUGAUGAUGGCCAGUUAAGACAGCACUUUAUGACUCAUACAGGAGAAAAGCCUUACAAGUGUAACAAAUGUGGUAGAUGCUUCACAAUGGUUGGGAAUUUGAAUAUACACUCUAGAAUCCAUACAGGAGAAAAGCCUUAUAAGUGUGACAAAUGUGGUAAAUGUUUCUCAAGGGUUGGGAGUUUUAAGAGACACUAUAGAAUCCAUACAGGAGAAAAGCCAUACAAGUGUGCUGAAUGUGGGAAGAGUUUUAUAGAAGGGACAAGUUUAAAGACACACCUUAGCAGUCAUACUAGCCAAAAAUCCUACCAGUGUGACGAAUGUGGUCAAUGUUUUUUAAAGUUGAGCCACUUAAAGAAACACUUUAAAAUUCAUACAGAAGACAAGCCUUACAUGUGUGAGAAAUGUGGUAAAUUUUUUCAUAAGCUUUGGGAUUUACAGAGACACAGUUCUAGAAUUCAUAGUAGAGCAAAACCUUAUAAAUGUGACAAAUGUGAUAGAAGUUUCACACUGCUUUGUGAUGUACAAAAACACCUUGUAAUCCAUACAGGGGAAAAUCCUCACAAGUGUGACAAAUGUAAUAAAUGUUAUUUGAAGGUUAGCUCCUUGAAAAAACAUCAAGUAGUUCAUACAAGAGAAAGCAUGCUUAAGUGUGACAAAUGUGGUAAAUGUUUCAAACAUACUGGUAGUUUGCGGUUACACCUUAGUGUUCACACAGGAGAAAAGCCUCACAAGUGUCACAAAUGUGGUAAAUGCUUCAGACUUAAUGUUAAUUUAAAGAGACACAAUAUAAUUCAUACAGGAAAAAAGCCAUAUAUGUGUGAUCACUGUGGUAAUUGUUUCACCCAGCUUGGCAUUUUAACGAGGCACCUUAGAGUUCACACAGGAGAAAAGCCUUACAUGUGUGACAACUGUGGUAAAAGCUUCAAACAGUUCGCACAUUUGAAGAGCCAUCACAGAGUUCAUACAGGAGAAAAACCUUAUAUGUGUAAGAAAUGUGGUAAAUGUUUCAGUCAAAGUAAUUUAUUACAGUGCCAUUUUAGAAUUCAUUCAGGAGAAAAACCUUAUAUGUGUAAGAAAUGUGGUAUAUUUUUUGGUCAAGGUUGCCACUUAAGAAGACACCUUAGAACUCAUACAGGUCUCGUAUUUUCAGAACCACCUUACUUUGCAUUUUACAGUAACACCUUUGGAUUCAUACAGGAGAAAAGCUGUAUGUGUACCCAAUGUGGUCAGUCUUUCAUGCAAAUCUCACAUUUACAGAACCACCAUCAAAAACAAAAUCAUUCCACUUUAGAAAAAUUUGAAAUUCAUGGAUUACAGAGACACCUUAGAAUUCAUAAUUUAGAAGAAAAGACAUACAAGUGUAAGAAAUGUGGUAAAUGUUUUACAGAGUUUAGCCUAUUGAAGAUAAACCGUACAUUGAAAAAGUGUAUGGAAAAGGUUUUAACAUUGAAGCUGAAUGGUAACAGAAAAGUAACAGGUACUCUCAGAGGCUUUGACUCUUUUAUGAAUCUUGUUGUUGAUGAUGCUAUUGAAGAAACAAAAUCAGGAGAAAAGAGAAACAUUGGAAUGGUGGUCAUUCGUGCACAUUAUGGAUUACAGAUACACCUUAAAACUCAUACAGAAGAAAAGCCUUACAAGUGUGAUGAUUGUGGUCAAUAUUUCACACAGCUCCCUGAUUUACAGAGCCACCAUACAAUCCAUACAGGAGAAAAGCCUUAUAAGUGUGACAAAUGUGGUAAAUGUUUCUCAAGGGUUGGGAGUUUUAAGAGACACUAUAGAAUCCAUACAGGAGAAAAGCCAUACAAGUGUGCUGAAUGUGGGAAGAGUUUUAUAGAAGGGACAAGUUUAAAGACACACCUUAGCAGUCAUACUAGCCAAAAAUCCUACCAGUGUGACGAAUGUGGUCAAUGUUUUUUAAAGUUGAGCCACUUAAAGAAACACUUUAAAAUUCAUACAGAAGACAAGCCUUACAUGUGUGAGAAAUGUGGUAAAUUUUUUCAUAAGCUUUGGGAUUUACAGAGACACAGUUCUAGAAUUCAUAGUAGAGCAAAACCUUAUAAAUGUGACAAAUGUGAUAGAAGUUUCACACUGCUUUGUGAUGUACAAAAACACCUUGUAAUCCAUACAGGGGAAAAUCCUCACAAGUGUGACAAAUGUAAUAAAUGUUAUUUGAAGGUUAGCUCCUUGAAAAAACAUCAAGUAGUUCAUACAAGAGAAAGCAUGCUUAAGUGUGACAAAUGUGGUAAAUGUUUCAAACAUACUGGUAGUUUGCGGUUACACCUUAGUGUUCACACAGGAGAAAAGCCUCACAAGUGUCACAAAUGUGGUAAAUGCUUCAGACUUAAUGUUAAUUUAAAGAGACACAAUAUAAUUCAUACAGGAAAAAAGCCAUAUAUGUGUGAUCACUGUGGUAAUUGUUUCACCCAGCUUGGCAUUUUAACGAGGCACCUUAGAGUUCACACAGGAGAAAAGCCUUACAUGUGUGACAACUGUGGUAAAAGCUUCAAACAGUUCGCACAUUUGAAGAGCCAUCACAGAGUUCAUACAGGAGAAAAACCUUAUAUGUGUAAGAAAUGUGGUAAAUGUUUCAGUCAAAGUAAUUUAUUACAGUGCCAUUUUAGAAUUCAUUCAGGAGAAAAACCUUAUAUGUGUAAGAAAUGUGGUAUAUUUUUUGGUCAAGGUUGCCACUUAAGAAGACACCUUAGAACUCAUACAGGUCUCGUAUUUUCAGAACCACCUUAAAA